UGCCAAAAAGACACUUAAAAAUGUCAACAAAAACAGAUGAGUCUGUUCAUCGGCGGUCGUGGAAAUGUUUUUAAUAAUUCACAAGAAUUAAUAUAUGAGCUCCUCUGAAUUCAUUUUAUGGUUUAGAGGUUUUGUCUACUAUUGCUUGUUUUGUUUAUAUUUGUGGUAUUUUGGUAUCACGGGGUUUUACAGCGCUCUUAUAUAGUAGAGUUUCGAUAAAAAGAGAAAUAGGGGCAUGUCGGGAGUUGUUCAUAGAGAGCAGGCGAUGGUCCAUACGGAAUACCGUAAUUAUGCCAUCAAUUUAGGGACUUAAAUUAGAUGACAUUGUCCUUAAGGAAAAUAUUCUCACGCUAUUUAGUUUUACUUAAAGGAUAUUGAUACAUUUACUGUGUAGUUAAGAUAUAAAAUAUGAAAUCAUGCAAUCCGAUACGUAAAAAGGGUGUGAAAUGGAGACAAUAUGACAAUUUUAUCUACUUUUAGUACAUGUAUGUUACUUUAACGUAUAGCCUUUAUUCAUUGUGAAGCAGGAUAAUUUAAGCCGACAGGUAUGGUAUUUAUUUGUUUUUAAACUUUUAGAGCAAAUGCUGUAUGCUACUAUCUUAUGGUUUGAUUGAUAUAAGGUGCGAGUGUUUGGUUGUACAACUUCAAAUCAGAAAUGUCAGUUGAAUCUUUUGAUGAUCUUAUCCGGCUUUAACAACAGCAGUUUUUAAGUGCAUGUGGCGUCGUAAAAAUCUCACCCACCGGGUGUUGUAUUUUUGGCUGUGAAGAUGGUUUUCAUGGCAAUAUGUGCGAAAGUAAAUGCAGUUGUACUUGUGUAAAUGAAACUUGCCAUCAAGUCACUGCAGAAUGUUUGUAUGGUUGCAUUGAUGGUUACGAUGGGCUGCAGUGUACACAAGCAACGAAACAAAUUCAGCAAGAUGGUAUUACCACUGGUGAACUGAUAGGAAUAGUAUUUGGAUCAGUGCUGAUUGGUAUAGUUAUUGGAGGGACUUUAACAGUAGCCUUCAUUAUUUGGAAACGAAGAAAAAGAGGUGAAAACAAUCAACAGAAAGAUGUCAACAAUGAGAAUAAUAUCCCCGUGACAUAUGAAGAUUUAAAGGAACGUGAUGAGAGGACAUACAGUGAGAUAACUGCAAACCGACAAUCGUCUCCUCCAGCAGUCGAAUAUGUGAAUUGUUGAAUACAUUUAGUCAGAACAACAGUUUCAAUUAGGACUCUUCUUUACAGAGCCUUAUAUAUGUCAAUUCUUCUGUGUAAUAUAUCAUAUCAUACUGAUAUUUUGAAACGAUGUAACUGCUAUCUGUUCAGAGUAAAUGUUCUUUUUUUUUUUGUUUCUUUUUUAAAUUACUGAAUCACAGAAAACAAGUGCUAAACUAUUUAGUUUGCAUGAAGUUUCAUAUUUGUCAAUAUUCAUACACAAACUCAUGACUGUCUUAUGCUAUGUUUAUAUGUAACCAAGGAAAAUACAUUAUCAUGCUGUUAAACGUGGGCGAAGAAUCAGGAUGAUCCAGAGUAUAUGGACACGUAAUCCGUUUUAUAAAUUUACAGCUUAGUUCACCAUGCAAUCAUUAAAAUUGAAAGUUUGUAAGUUUCAUUUAAGACGAGCAAAAGAAACUAUUAUCUGCCUCUGUCAAUGACAUAUAAACUUUAGAAAGAUUAAGAUAACGAUGAUAAACACCUCGUCACCUCAACGCAACAAAGUCGUAACUUAUCAUAAAUUUGAUAUAAGUUUCGACUUUGUUGCGUUGAGGAGACGACCUUUCUGUUGAAUCUCUUCUGUAUAAAAAUGAAGUAAAAUCUCGUUUUGAUGUUAUCCUUAGUGGGAAAAUGUUUUCAUCGGUUUCGAAAUUAUGUCAGUUUAUGUUGUUCUUUGUUUAUGCUUCUAUAUUAAGCUUUGCAACUUUUGUUUUGUGUACGUGUAGGGUUAUACAUGUUUAAACAAGAAUAUUUCAACAUAAGCACCAAGCAUAUAUAAACACGCAAAAUAUACCGAGUACGAAAACGCUAUAUAAAUUUUCUCCAUACUGCCCAACAAUGUAAAUAAAAACAGACUUGAUAUAAUUGUUUUGAUUGUGACUGUUCUCAAGAGGUAAUGAAACGUGCAACACCUAACACACCCGAAGCAAAGUUUUAAACUGAAAUCUACGCUACAGACUCCAUAACCUUAAAAGGUCAUAGAUACAAAUGUAAGUACAAUCAUUGUGGUAGUUAAAAGAAUGUAACAGAAUUUGUUUUGGAAGCGCUUCCUUUUUAACCCAUAUCAGACGUUUAUACAAGUUGAAUGAAAUACCAAACAACACAUUGUGAUGCAUCUAUCAGUUAAAUAUAUUAUCAUAUGUUAUAAUAGCACAAUUAAUUCCUGGUAUAUCUAUCUUUAGAAUUAUUUCCAAAAUAAAAAUUAACAGGCAAAUCAACGAAUCGAUUUGACUGAGUCUGUUCAUGAUACAAAUGAAAAGUGCAAGAUGUCUCACGCUCCGUAGCACCUGCUUAAGCGGAAUUCUGUUUUGUUCAAUGGUCCCAACGAAGAGAAAUUAUAACAACUUUGAGUACAAGUACGGAGAAACUGUUUGCUUCUACCAAAAGGCACUUCUAGACAAGAAGAUUAUACGUUAUAAAACGUCCGGAGUGCAGAGACCACUGAAUUCAUAAACAUGUUCUGAUGGCAAGUUUAGUAAAAUCACAUUAUCCAUACAAACUUGGAAACGAUGUAUAAUGUAAAACUAAGCCCGGGUCUCUUCCGAUUAUUUUAGGUUUAAAGCUGAACUUACUGUAUGUUGGUUUUUAUAAAGACAGUAUCAAUAUUUUAUUCUAAAUAAAUUGAAAUACAUUUACUUAGAUAACCUUAUCGUAAAUCGGAAAGCUGGUUUAACAGCGCCCUGAUCAACGGCAAAAUUUUUGUUUAUAAUUUCAGUAUUAUUUUCUUUUCGCUUCAGGGUAAUCUUUGCUCAUGUGACAAUAAAGAGCUUUUUCUUCACUUUUAAUUUAACGAAACGUAAGUGUACAAUCCAAAUUUCCGCGGUUGCAAAUGUAUGAUAAGAAGAAACAACAAACUUAUGAAAUCGUUACAGUUAGAAGAUAUUUCAAUUAUCAUUUUUACAGUUUCAGUUCUAGAGGUUGAAAAAUACUUUCAGUUUUUGUAUUCUAUCGAUGAUUUUGAUCAUAAUAAGACACAAUAUCACAUUUGGCAGAUUUGAAAAUUAAGAUGUUGGUGUUUGUCUUGUCUUGUUACUUAAUUCGACAAGGAAGUUAAGUUAAACAGUCAAUAGUCGAUUAAUGACAGUAUCUUUCCUUCAAAUUUUAGUUUCAAAAUCUUUUUUUAACUUGCAUGGCUGAUCAUUUAACAUCCUUAUCAUAAGUUAUUCUAGAGUAUAUCAUAUUUAUGCAUUGCUCAAGUACGUUUAUAUGUAUCCGGAUAAAAAUCCAUUUACAAUUUAGUAUCCGGACAUAAAUCCGUCUACAAUUUAAGACUAUUCUUUUUCAACCAAUGUAUGUUUCACUUAAACGUUAUU